AUGCCUGAGCAACUGGAGCAGAAAGAAAUGGGUGGCAGGAAAGAUGACUUCGAUGACAGCGAUGCAGAUGAGAAUGAUCCCUACAUGCGACGUGUUCGUGAAGAGGCUAAGGAACGUGAUGACGACGACGAUGAGGGAUCCAGUGAGGAUGAGGACUUCGCACCAGGAGAGGAAGGAAGUGAUGUGGCAGAGGAGUAUGACAGCUAUGCUGGAGACAGCAGUGAUGACUCAGAUAAACCUAAGCGAAAACAGUGUCAGAGAAACCACGCAAGAAACGACAGAAGAAGGAAAAGGACGAAAACAACCAAAACGAGCCCAGUCGCUUACUUCAUCUGGCUGAAUGAACACCGAGAGCAGAUCAAGAAGGAGAACCCAGGCAUCUCAAUCACCGAACUUUCUAAACUGGCAGGGCAGAAGUGGAGGGAGCUCAAGGACAGGAAGGAAUGGGAAGAGAAAGCAGCAGAAGCCAAAAAGGAAUAUGAGGCAGCCAUGAAGGAGUACAAGGCAUCUGGGGGAGGAGCGCCCGCAGCCAAGUCCAAGAAGGCUAGCAGUUCACCCAAGAAAUCGGUGUCAGUCUCGCCAACCAAGGCUGGCUCUGGUGGUGGAUUCAAGUCUAAGGAGUAUAUCGACGAUGAGUCCAGUGAGGAGGAGAGUGGUAGUGAUAAGCCACCUAAAAAGAAGUCAAGAAGGAAGUGAAGUCCAAGAAAAAGCAGGAAUCAGAGGACGAAGGGACGAAGAGGGAAAAAGGGAGGAAGAAGAGGAAA